AUGUGGCAUGAGAUUGGUAAUGAAUUUGUUGAUGCCGUUUUGAAUUUCUUCCUCACAGAUGAAAUCUCGGUUGAGCUUAAUAAUGCAGUGACAUCUUUGGUGCCCAAAACUGAUAGUCCAGGUACAACAAUCGACUAUAGGCCUAUAGCUUGCGGCAACACACUGUAUAAAUGCAUUUCUAAAAUGCUUUGUACUUGCUUGGUUGAGGUGCUUCCCUACUUGGUUCAUAAUAAUCAAGGUGCAUUCAUCAAGAACCGUUCUACAGCUCAUAAUGUUCUCAUCUUUCAAGACCUCCUUAAAGGUUAUACUAGGAAGAAUAUUUCUUCUAAAUGUAUCUUGAAGAUGGAUCUUAGCAAGGCAUAUGACACUAUUGAUUGGGAUUUUUCGGCAGAUUUGCUUAAAGCUCUUUGUUUCCCUUCUAAGUUCAUCAAGUGGAUUAUGCAUGCUUCUCAAGAUACUAAGUUUAAAUUCCACCCUAUGUGUAAGAGCCUUAAGCUUAUGAACCUCUGUUUUGAUGAUGAAUUGGUUAUCUUCUGUAAGGGUUCUAUUGAUUCUGUGAGGCUAGUGCAAACAACAUUUCAGGACUUCUGUGAUACCUCUGGUUUGGCUGCUAAUAAAAACAAGUCUCAAAUUUACUUUGGUGGUGUUGAUGAGGCUAAUAAGCAAUGUAUGUUGGCAGUUGUUAACAUUGUUGAAUGGUCUUUUCCUCUCAAGUAUCUUGGGGUUCCGCUGAGACCAACGAAAUGGAAAGCUUCUGACUGUGGUCUUAAUCUUAAGAAGAUUCAAUUGAGACUUCAUACCUGGGCUAGUAGACAUCUUUCUUUUGCUAGAAGAGCCCAACUUAUUCAAUUGAUUUUAAUAGGUAUUAGAAGCUACUGGAUGAGCAUUUUCCUCUUGCCUCAAAAAGUUGUUUUUGAAAUAGACAAGUUUUGUCGAAUGUUUUUAUGGGGAGUUAAGGAGAAUAGAUGUAUGAUUCUUCUCACCUCUUGGGAACAAGUUUGCUUACAUAAGGAGUAUGGAGGUAUUGGUUUUCGAGAAGAGAGUAAGUGGAAUAAGGCUCUUCUAGCUAAGUAUGUGUGGGCUAUUUCUACCAAAAAAGACUGUAUUUGGGUUAAACGGGUGAACAAUGUGUAUCUAAGGGAUCAGGAUUUUUGGUCUUACUCUUUGAAAUAG